GGAAUUUGGAGGAAUUUGGUCCGAUCCAUGGUCUGUAUACACAAUGUAUGGCUUUGCGGCACGUUAUAUACACUUUUCGAAGUUGUCUCCAUAUGAAGGGUGAAUGAAAAGAGCUACCGAUCAUUUUAGUAACGGUGUUAUUCUGGCUGGGAAAAGUACCCACCCCACCUCCUGAAUCAGCUUUUCCAAAGAAAUCGCCUUUAUUGUACCAAGAAUCACAAGCGAAAUGAAGGCAUGUCCGAAUAACGCCCAGUCUAGCUCCCAGUUACCAGUCAUUAAUGAAAUGAAAUGUUCAUACCGUUAUCUUGGCACCCGAAAUGAUUCAAGUUUAACGAGUUUUAAAAGGUGCAUUUUUAUAUAACGUAGGCUACUGUCCCCGUCCUUGAGUGUCAUUUGUCUCGAGGCGGUUGUUGUGCGAUCGCUACAACAUUCGUAAUUGGACGGAAGAGCACGUUUACCAACGCUAGCUCAGUGUUAAAGUAAGCAGGUACGUCCGGUAUAAUCAAACAGUCUCGUGUCACCACUGAAGCAGCUCACUGAAACCUCAAAGCCCACGCUGGGAGAUGCUCCACCAGGUUGUUAACAUUGCUGCGGUGACGGUACUGGGAGUUAUUGAGCAAGCUUAUUUCUCCUUACAGGUAAUCUACGCCAGACGUAAGUACUCCGUGUCGCCCCCAAGUACCACCGGCCCCCCUGAGUUUGAAAGAGUCUUCAGAGCUCAAGCAAACUGCUCGGAGUACUUUCCCAUCUUCGUCAUUACUCUCUGGGUGACUGGAGUCUUCUUCAGCCAGGCUGCUGCGUGUGUGUGUGGGCUUCUGUACCUGUACGGACGCCUCAUGUACUUCCAAGGCUACUCAGAGUCUGCACACGGCAGACUGGCCCCUCUGUACUUCUCGGCGAAGGUCCUCUGGACGCUGAUCGGCCUGGCAGCCCUGGGGGUGCUGAACACCAUGUGUGACCUGCACCUGGGCCUGGACGCCCUGCAGCAGCUGUGCGGCUUCUUCUCACCGAACUGAGAGGGCGAGAGGGAGGGAGGGGAGGGGAGGGGAGCGGAG